AUAAAAUCAAAACAUUUAUCACACUGUUGUCAUUUUUCUGUCAUUCAGAAGUAAACAUUGAUAACAGUUAUCAGUGUGUUUUAGUUAGAUCAGGUUGGCAACUCUUGCAAACAUUAUCAAGGUGAUAAAUUAAAUAAUUGGUUGAAUUCUGCGCAAUUUUGUUGUUUUUGUUCUUUGUGUUGUUUAUUCGGUGUAGAAACAACUUUGAAAAUUGUAAUUCAAUUGUUUUAAUUUUAAAGGAUUAGUGAAAAUAUUUUUCAAAUCCCUCUGAGUUGUUAAUUUUUAUUACCGGUUAAAAGGCCGCAUAGCAACUGUUGUCAGGAAGUAAAUAUUAAAUUUACGCCGUAUAUCGUCUCUGUAAGUAGGAAUACCUUCAUCAUUUAUUGUUAAAAACAGUAAGAAGAUGUCGAAAUUUGAAAAACAGGCCUUUGAAAAUGUCGAUAUUUCAAGGAGUGAAUUGAAAGAAUUUGAAGAAGCUAUGAAAAAAGAGGAAUUUCGAAAACUCCUUGGUGAAUAUUUUACUGAAGUUACUGAUCCAAAAAACAAGGCUGCAUAUGAAAGUGAUAUGAUAAAAUUAGAAAAAGAGAGAGGUGUUGAUAUCACUUUUGUACAUCCCACACCAGGAUAUGUCAUUAAGACAAGUUGUGAUGGAGAGCGCAAAGCAUUUAUCAACAUUUGUUCAAAUGAUGUUAUUGGAAGACCUGUACCUACUACAGUUCAACAAAAUGGUCAGUUAGGGACUAAUUGGUCUCUCCCUCAUAUCUUUGUACCACCCAAAAUUGAUUUUGACAAAAAUAAAGAAAGAUGUAUUGUUUUUGAUGUUAUUUUUCACCCAGAAACACUUGAAUUAGCUAGAAGAAAUGAAAAUUUCAAGAGUUUCGUCAAUGAUACUGCUUUAUCUGGCAUAGAAGACUCCUUUGAUACUAAACUUGACAGAAAUAAUCUAAGAUUCCCAAAAACUAACUUUAAAGGAGCAAAAACUGCAUCAGUUAUUAGGAAGAAAUGUACAGAUAUGCCUUCGGGAUCUAGUGAAUCUCCUAUGGAUAUUCCUAAUUAUCCUUAUAGUCCAAUAAAGGAAAAUUCGAGUCCAAAAGUGACCAAGCCUCGUGGUAAUGUGACUAAGGAAGGGUCUUUAUACACAACCCCUAAGUAUGUUAUCAAACAUAGGAAAGGAGUAGAUUUCCAUGAAUUUUCUAAUGCAGUUGAUGCUAAAGUUAAUGCUGCUACACCAACGGAACUUGUUGUAGAAAUUGAUCUCCCUUUAUUGAGCUCUACGGAGGAUGCCUCACUUAAUGUUUGUGAACGAACUCUUUCUCUAAUCAGUGAGAAACCAUCAAAGUACAAGUUGAACAUAUCACUCCCCUAUGCAGUUGAUGAAAAUAGUGGAACAGCGCGCUUUGAUAAAAGGAGCAAAAUGCUUAUAGUUACUCUACCUGUGAUUCAAAAGAAAUUCAAUGAAAAUCUCUUUCAUCGUGAUGAUUCUGGUAUAGAAAGCGAUGUUAACCAGAACCCCUCAUCCAGUGAUGAAGAUCUAAACACACCUCCUGUUGAAGUGAUUAGUGCUUGUGAUUUUGGUGAACAAAAGUGUAAUGAAGAAGGAAUAGAUUUCAGGACUAGUGAAGAAGUUGUUAGUAAAUUUCUUUCAGAAGAUGUCCAUUAUGUUUUCCCUACUUAUUCUUUCAGCAAUAAAAAUAAGUGUAUUUCAAUUACCAUUGACGUUAAAAAUGUAGAUCCAUCAACUGUGUAUCAUCAGUUUGUUUUUGAUGGAGCAGGUGCACAUUUUAAGUUUUCAUCCCUGGGCUCUGGUUUUUUUCCAAUUCAUUUUGCAUUUUGUAUAAAAUUUCCAAAAUCUGUCAUCAAUCCUUCAACGAUGAAGGUUGAUGUUUGGGAUAAUAACUUAAUAAUAAUGAUGGAUCUCAUUUCAUGUGAAGACAAUGUACUCACUGUUUAUGCUGUUGGAACUACACUAGAUAAAUUGCAAGACAUUUUUUUAGAAAAUCCUAUUUGGUUUAAGGACAUCUAUCUCACAAACAAGGUAAAAGAUGUUGCAGAGAAAGAAAUUUGUUACAAUCAAGUUGAACAACUUUGUCAUGGUAUCUCUGAAGUAGACAUUAAUUUAGAUCUUAAAAGGCCUGUUUCUACUGAUGGCCAAAAGAUUGUACAAAAAUCAAGAACAUGCUCUGAGACAAAUUUUCGUCCACCACCUGUGGCAAUUGUGCGUAGGAGUAUUUUAAAAAAUAGUCGUAGUCUGAGUGAGUCGAAUACUGAUGAAUAUUCGACUUGGUCUUCUUUAGAUUCUUCAGACAAUCAAGAUGAAUCAUUGGGACAUUGCUCUAUCAAAAAGACUGUUAGGUUCUCUGAUGUCAUAUCUAAAAAAGUUUUCAGAGCUGGUUCUUCGAUUCUGGGACAAAAACACAAAAAUGAAAAGAAAUCGCGGAACCGGAAGAAGGUAGCAAUAAAGAGAAGGCGUUCCGAGUCUGACGCUUCAGAAGUGUCAGAGGUAUCAGAUAUUUCUGACUAUUCUGAAGUUUCUGACAUGUCAGAGGCAUCUGAUGGUGGUAGCUCCGAUGAUUGCAGCUCACCGUUCUCACGACAGCCACCACCUGUCCCAGGGAGCAAAAGGCACCGCAGAAGGGGCUCUAAGAAUGGACGUAAAAAUGCUGCUUCAGCAAAACAAAACAACUUUCUUUUAAGCCAUGAUUGACACUAGUCAAACAUUUAGUGGCCAGGAUGCCACUAUUGACAUUUUAGAUCUUUUACUUAAAAAGUAUAAUGAAAAAUUGGCAUACUAUAUUUUAGGAACCUUAAUAAAAUUAAGACUAUGUUAUUAAAUUAAAGAAAUCACUUAGUUUUUUUCUUUUUGGAUUUGUUGUGAUAAGGAGAUUAUAUAUUGUUAAAUAUUUAUAGAUGUUUUUGCACAUAUUUUUAGUGAUAAUUGAUUGUUUACCUGCCUAAAAAUUUAAAUAUAGUUUAUCUUUAUAUUUAUUAUAUAA